GUGGCUACCAGAAGACUCGUCAGAUCUUGUAAAGCUUACUGCUGUUGGUCGAAAGAAGUCUUGAUGGAGUACAAGUACGAAAUUACCAUCGCUCUGCAGGCGUUGUGUCUUCUCGUGGGAAUCAUUUUCUUCUUCGUCUCCAUUCACGCCGAAGAGACCGACUAAGAUAUUUGAAAGAGAGAGAGAGAGAGAGAGAGAGAGAGAGAGAGAGAGAGAGAGAGAGAGAGAGAGAGAGAGAGAUUUAUCAAUCUGGGGAGAAGACAAAGGCAGCUUACGAAGAGACCCAGUGCUGAAGGCGAAGAGACAAUGAGGGUGAGGUACCGCUGUUGCAACACAAGUUCUCAGACGAAUCAAAAACCAAGCAUCUUGUCUAUACAUAAAAAAGAAAGAAAAAAAAAUUUGGCAGAAAAAAAAAUUCAUUUAACCGCAGAAAGUUCCGUCUACAUACCAGUAUACACAAAUGUCAUUUCGAAUUCGACGACCACAGCUGUUCUGAAUUUUAUGGUAUCAAAGUACCCAACUAAAAUAUUUGGAGAUUAGUAUACUUACUGUAUACUUCUGAACAAAAGUGAAUGUCUUCCUAUUCCUGACAUCAUAUUCAAAAUAUCUACGUAAGUGCACGGUGGGUUUGACUAGAAUGCUGUCGUCACUCAUGACCAUACUCUCUCAUCAGUAGUAGGUGUUCAGCAGUGAAAUCCACCGGGGCGAGCCUAACCACCACCACCAACCCUCGAAUGACGUCAUAUGCAAACAUUGUCCAAACAUAACCCUCAUCAAAUACGGCAACAAGCCGUGAUCUCCCUCCCAAGCCGAUGACGUCAGGGGCAACAAGAAUAAUCCCGGAUCACAGAAUACGUACGCGCCUUCAGUGUCCCCGUCAGUAGGACGAUAUGAUGAUUACUUAGUGGGUUCUUGAGAGAGAGAGAGAGAGAGAGAGAGAGAGAGAGAGAGAGAAGAGAUCACUCUCGUGCCGGAAGGCGAAUGGAUGGCUGGAGUGUCAGUGGGUUGGCGUUUUCAGCCUCCAGCAACAAUAGGUCAGCCUCGGCUCAGAUGACGGCCACAAUAGGUUCUGACACCUGCGGCCCAAGCCAGCCAAUCACAGUCGUCUUGAUCACCACUCUCGGCCAAUCAUUAACAUAAUCAAUCAACAGGCCCCGCCCACCGCGCGUCCCUCCGGUAUAAAGUGCCGAGGCAAAAGAAAACGGGUUUAGUUAUUGUCGAACUGAGCUGGCGACGCCGAGAGAGUGUCGGUGGAGUGUGGGACGUGCUUUUACACAAGUGACUUUGAUCUUGCCUUAGCGUGCUUUUGGUCGCCAAAUGAGAUACCGUAGCCAACUCUAAGGAUCGUAAACGCUCGGAACUUUAACCCUGCCGCCCAACUACGAAUGACCGACCGUCACUGAAAUAAACCAAGGGACCAUGAUCAUGGAGACACUUCGGGGAUUGAACGCCAGUUCGAGUCCCCACACAUCCCCUACCAAGAGGACAUUCGACGUCGCAUUCCUCACAGGGGCACGAGAUAGCCACGCCCUCGAGUCGUCGAGCGAUAUCACCAGCUCUACUUCCCCAGCUAAAGUCAGUCGCAUAGGGACGCUCAAAACCUCGUCGUCCUCCUCUUCUUCUUCCUCGUCAGCGUCGUCGUCAUCGUCGAUGCUGUCCUCGGUUUCUUUGUCCCUCACAACGUCCUCCCCGUCACCCACGAGACCCAGCCACUCCCCCCCUUCCAGAGACGACGUCACACCAGGCAGCGCUUUCACCAAAGUGACCCGGACCCAGGGGUCGUCACCUCCAAACUUCACAUCAGCGACGUCCUCCUCCUCUUCCUCCUCCUCUACUCUCGAUGCCCUCAGCAGUACCUGGCCUCCUGUCUCUGCCUCCUUCAGCGCCGUCAGUACAUUACUCAACAGUGGGAAAUCGCUGGCGCCCCUGCUGGCGGCACCUGGAUUCAUACCUCCAGGUUUGGCCCCGUUUCUGCCGCAAGCGGCACCAGACCGCCUGAACAACAACCUGGUGGAGGAAUACCUCAAAUCACAACACCAGCUGCUUGAGUCCAAACCUUCGGCAGACCUAUCGGCCAGUGAAGCCCUCUCCCGGCUGAGGUCAUCCAUGUACCCAGCAGACCCCUACAAGCUACCCUUCUCGUCCCUGGCCUACCCUCUCAGCAGUCCUCCUUCCACUGACACCUCCAAAUUAGCCUCUGCAGCCGCAGCCGCGGCGGCGGCGGCGGCAGCGGCGACCACGCCCUUCCUGCCGCAACCGUCCGUCUCGGCUCUCAUGCCGCCUUCCUUCACCACGCUGGCUCUGUCGACGCAAAACGUCUGCGCCAAAUGCAACAUCUCGUUCCGCAUGACGUCGGACCUGGUGUACCACAUGCGGUCGCAGCACAAGAGGGAGCCAGACCCCUACAAGAAGCGACGCGACGAGAAACUGAAGUGUCCCAUCUGCGGGGAGACCUUCCGGGAGAGGCACCACCUGACGCGACACAUGAGCGCCCACCAGGACAGAGACGAAGAUGAAUCGAAAUAAACAUUUCGGCAGAAAACGGAACCCGAUAAGGUCGUCCUCUCCACUCCUAUACAUAUAACCUCCGUCCCAGACUCACCCAGCUGCGUUUGACGUUAAACCUUUUGUCUUCAGUUACCCAGGAAAUUCCGACCUGAAUACACUUUCAUCGACUCAAAAGAAUGGCGUUAUUCUUCUCAACCGAGUUAUCUCGUAAAUUAAUCUGAAACACACAUCUCCGCUGCUUCACGGUAUAUAAGUUACUUUUUACCUAAAACAUCCUAGUAAGCUAAUCAAAGCUUGCUUUGGAAAUGAAAUCCCCACUAAAUCUUGCUGUAUUUUUCACCGAAUAUCACAACAAUAACAAAAAAAAGACCCUAAACCGUUGUGGAGCUCCAUCUCGAACAGAACCCGUUUUAAGAAUAGGACAAACAUCAACUUCAGUUUCCCGUUCUGUUAUUUUGUUUUCUGGAAACGAUUCACGAAACGUCAGAAAAAUGAAGUCCUGUGCCAAAGGUGACAAAAUAGUGAUAAUGCGAUAACUGUACAGGAAUGGAUUUCGCAGAUGCAUAAUUACGUAUUCCUUUCACAAAACAAAUCAAAAGGUCGCUGCUAUGUGUGUGUGCGCGCGCGUCAGAGAGAGAGAGAGAGAGAGAGAGAGAGAGAGAGAGAGAGAGAGAUUUGUUCUUACUGAACAGUGCGCGAUCAAUGAUGUACAAAGGUGUAACAAAAAGUGUAUCAACAGACCCAGGAGAGAUAAGGAAACCAAACACCAAACAGAGCAACUGAAGGCCAACAUGCUGCAGUUACUUACACUGUGUUUACAUAGUUGGACCAGUGAACAUUUCAGCCUAAAGGAACCCACUGAUAAACCUGGAAUCCGAAGCAUCCACCUUCUGGGAAUUUUUUUCGCGUCGACCUUUUAUAGUAGAAUCAAACGGAUACAUUAUGACACUGGAAAACGAAGGAUCGUAGCAGAUCGGAGCCUGUCAUGAUCCAGUGAACAUCUGUUACUUAAGACAGAAAGCCCAAUAUACCAAAGGACCUUAAUCUUAAGAAUGAACCCUUUUCCUUUUUAUCGCUAGAGCUUCUUGGAGAUAGACUUGUAUAUACCGUAGAUCUCGUUACAUUAUGUAAAUACGGAAAAGAUUCAUUUCCUUUUAUUAUAUUUCCAUUUGUUUAUUUCAUCUCAUCUAGUCUUGUCGAGCAGUGCGGUCUGGCAAGCGCUCCUUUCACUGGCUGGAUUCGAUGUGUGUGGGUAUGAACUCUCAAGGGCUCUCUUUGCCAACAAUCUAAAUGGUAAAUUCAUCCAGACAAUGCACAUUAAUAAGCACACACACACUCACACAUUAGUAAAUUCCACACACAAGACACACUACUGCACUAACGAAUCUCAGUCGAUGGAAAGAGCUCGCUUGCAAAAAUCGGACCUUUGCCUGUCAGUGCAAUAAGAGUGUAAAUACAAGUUAUGUCUUUUAAAUUUUAUGUAGCAUUAGGUGCAUGUUGGUGUGAGAUUUUUAAGGAGUGCUGGUAGGCUUCGUUUACGAAUUUCCUCUAAGCCAUUAGACGAAGAAAUGACGUCACUCGCCCCCGAGACAGUGACGUCAUCUUCCGUCAAAGUGGCACCACCUUUACGUCCACCGGCGUCCUAUGAGUUGCUGACAUCUGACGUAUUAGCACCUCAUAGUACCAGUAGCGACGUCAUAAUACCCUGACGCAAUACACUUCACACUUAAAGAGACAAUUACACCGAUUCUGAAGACAAGACAUUAGUAAUGACAUACUUCUGACGGAAAGACAUCGAUAACUUAAUGACGACAACUCUGACAUCCGAGGAUUAGCACGCCAAGACAUAGACACUGACAACUUCAAGCGUCAAGACAUGAGUAAUGUAACCACUCAAAAUGACAUCAUCCUGACGAUAAGACAAUAACGCUAAUAUCGAGCUGACUUCACACCACAAGUAACGACAUAUAGGUCUGACAUCACGGCACAGGUACAGACAUUUCAUGAAGCAAUGCUGACGUCAGGAUAGUCCAAACCAUGAAGGCGGUGGUUCUCAAACUGUUUUUUUGGACUAUGCAAUCUUUCGAAAAUUGUCUGGCUCAAAAGGCGCAUUCCAAAUAAUAUGCAUAUAACACUAACAAUCCUCGGUCACAUUCUCCCUCCCCCGCCACCUUGAAACUUUGAAAUUCUCCCCCAGGGGGGGGGGAAUUCCCCCCCUGGCUGAGAACCUCUGCAUUAACACCAGAAAGACGAACGCCCCUCACUCUCAGCAUAA